AUGUUGGUCGUAUUGGUGUUAUUAGGCCACCUAAUUCUUUUAGGAUAUGUUGAAGGAAUUUGUUCUAAUGAUCCUGACGGGGCCUUCCUGGCAGAUCCUUCAUCUCGAUCACAUUACUUUUAUUGCUGGCAAGGACAAAAAAUAAGACGUGAAUGUAAAUCAGGACUUGAAUUUAAUCCUUUCGACAGAGUUUGCAAUCUUUUAGUUGGUGGAAGGCCGAUGCCACAACCAGCGAGAGAUCAAUGCUUUGAUCAACCUGAUGGAACUUUUCUAGUAGAUCCAUCUUCGCGAUCACGUUUCUUUUUCUGUUCUAACGGACUUGCUUUAUCAGGACAAUGUGAUCCAGGAUUUGAGUUUCACCCAAGAGACAAUGUAUGUGAAAGAAUAGAAGAAGUAACUUCAAGUCAAGAUUCAAAGAAUCUCUGUUCAGCAGAACAGGAGGGCAAUUUCUUUCCUGUUACGAAUUCAAGAACAAGUUUUCUUCAUUGUUCAAAUGGGGUUUUAACUCAAGGAAAUUGUCCUAGAGGAAUGAUUUUUGAUUCUGAUUCAUUAGUUUGUGAAUCAAAUAGUCCUACUCCAACGAGAGCUACACCCACGACUAAGGCUUCUAAAACAACACGUGCUACUCCACGACCACCUAUUCGACCUCCGAUUACUAGAGCUCCACCACGAAUUCCAACAAGAGCUCCUUCCAAUAAUAAUAAUACAACAACCAAGUCACGUGUGCCACCAUCUACAGCUCGUCCAACUCGAGCACCACCAAGCAGAUCUUAA